GCACCUCCUCCGUCUACACUCCGUUUAAGCCUCUGUCACCGCUCUUCACUCUCCCCACAGUUCUCCGUCUCUCGCUCUCUCUACUUUCUCUCCCUAACUCAACUGUUACAUUUCUCGCACUGUCACAAUCGAGAUUUUGUAAAAAAAAGAUUCGCGGACGAUUCGGUUCUCUGAAUCAAGCAUUUGUUUCAUGAAAUGAGGAUUAGAUCUUGGGCACAGUCUAGGGUUUCGGAAUAGUCCCUGCUCAAUGGCUAUCCGAGGAGUAGAUUUCAAGUGGUAUGAUGGGUUUUUCUUGUCGAUGCUCGCUACUAGUGUAAUAAUUGUAGCAAUCAAUUGGAAGCGAUACGAUCUAUGUACAUAUCCGUUGCAUAUAUGGAUCAUGGUUGACUAUACCACUGUGUUUGUUUUUCGGCUCUUGAUGUUUGUAGAUAAUGGGCUUGCUGCUGGAAUGGGUUUGGAUUUUGGGUGGCAGCAGAGAUAUGCUCGCUUUUGUGGAAGAAUAGUGGUUCUUUCCAUUCUUUCUUUGCUACUUUAUCCCUUUCUUUGGGCUUGGACUGUAAUUGGUACUCUGUGGUUCACUAGGGCAAGAGACUGUUUACCUGAAGAAGGUCAGAAAUGGGGUUUCCUUAUUUGGUUGCUUUUCAGCUAUUGUGGACUCCUUUGCAUUGCUUGCAUGUCCAUGGGGAAGUGGUUUUCACGAAGACAAGCACACUUACUACGUGCUCAACAAGGGAUUCCUGUUUCAGAAUAUGGGGUUUUGGUGGACAUGAUCAGGGUACCAGAUUGGGCUUUUGAAGCUGCAGGUCAGGAGAUGAGAGGCAUGGGUCAAGAUGCUGCUGCAUACCAUCCUGGCCUUUACUUGACUCCAACUCAGAGGGAAGCAGUGGAGGCUCUUAUUCAAGAACUUCCAAAGUUCAGGCUGAAGGCAGUUCCAACUGAUUGCAGUGAAUGUCCCAUCUGCUUAGAAGAGUUCCAUGUGGGAAAUGAGGUUCGUGGCCUUCCCUGUGCUCACAAUUUCCAUGUGGAAUGCAUUGAUGAGUGGCUCCGGUUGAAUGUGAAAUGUCCUCGUUGCCGCUGCUCGGUCUUCCCAAACCUUGACCUUAGCGCGCUGACCAAUUUUCGGGCCGAUUCAGAAAGAUCAUCAGCUAGUGUGGUGACAGCCACUCGUUAUGUGAGAGUCCAACCUCCCAGCCAGGGCUAUAUGUUGAGAUUGCAGGGCUUUCUCCGCCCAGUCCGGACAGAAAAUGCAGGGGUAGGCAACGAUGCAGAUAAUGCUUUGGAAAAUGCUGAGAAUGGUGGUCUGCCAGUUGUAACGCAUGAUGCCACAAACACAGAACCAGCACCUUUUGAUAAUGGAGUGCUGGUUCAUCACUCCACCCCACCUCAAAGUUAAGACUAUUUCUUGAAUUUUCUCUUACACAUUUUAUGUUGGCAUCUAACUGCAUGUACUGAGAGAAGACACCUGAUGCUUAUACUGGGUUUUCAUUGUAAUGAAAAGAAUUUAUUGAUAUGAAGGAUCGUUUUUUUCAUUUUUUUGGGCCA